UAUUUUUGACGUCAUUUUCGGCUGCGACGCAAAAAUUCAUUUCGGAAAGCUUUCGGUAAAGGAAGUAACGUUAGCUGGCUAAUACAACGGGCAAGAAUUAGCCACCGAUCAACAAGUAACGGAGGAUGAACCUGGAUCCUGGCUGGCUGCUGCUCCUAUCCAUGUCUCUGGAGGUUUGGUCAGUGCCCCUCGACCGCAAUGUAACCCCCCAGGAAGCACAGCCUCCCCAGGAGGACAAACAGGAGGAUAAUGUGGACACAGGCCUAUACUAUGACCGGUAUCUGAGAGAGGUGAUUGAGGUGUUGGAGACAGAUCCCCACUUCAGAGAGAAACUCCAGACUGCCAACACAGAGGACAUCAAGAAUGGUCGUCUCAGUAAGGAGCUGGACCUUGUGGGGCACCAUGUUAGAACUCGUCUGGAUGAGCUGAAGAGACAGGAGGUGUCUCGCCUCAGGAUGCUGCUCAAAGCCAAACUGGACAGCACCAACACACAGAGUUUACAGAUGGACCAUGCCUCUCUGUUGAAGCAGUUUGAACACCUGGAUCCACACAAUCAGAACACCUUUGAGGCCAAAGACCUUGAGCUGCUCAUCUCAACGGCCACUAAAGACCUAGAGAACUACGAUGCAGAGAGACAUGAUGAGUUCAAACGCUAUGAGAUGCUGAAGGAGCACGAGAGACGGGAGUACCUCAAGGGUCUAGACCAGGAGAAGAGAGAGAAGGAGGAGAAGAGGAUGGAGGAGCUGAAGGAUAAACACCGCAAGCACCCCAAGGUCAAUGCUCCGGGCAGUGUAGCUCAACUGCGUGAGGUAUGGGAGGAGACGGAUGGACUGGACCCAACAGAGUUUAACCCAAAGACCUUCUUCAAACUGCAUGAUGCAAAUGGAGAUGGUGUUUUAGAUGAGCAGGAACUAGAGGCCCUCUUUGCCAAAGAGCUGGAGAAGGUCUACAACCCAAAGAAUGAGGAGGAUGAUAUGAUGGAGAUGGAGGAAGAGAGGCUGAGGAUGAGGGAGCAUGUCAUGAAGAAUGUGGACAUCAAUCAAGAUCGACUCGUCAGCCUGGAAGAGUUCCUUAAAUCAACAGACAAGAAAGAGUUCAACAACCCUAAAGAAUGGGAUACUUUAGAUGACACCAAGCCGGUGUUCACAGAGGCUGAGCUCCAGCGGUUUGAGGCGGAGCUGCGGACCAAGGAGGAGGAGCUGGGUAGGAGGGCGGAGUCUCUUCGUCAGGAGCAGGAUCUGCUGAAGGAGAGGGGCAAGGCCCUGGAGGCCCAGAGACGAGAGUACCAACAGGCAGUGCUAGAGAUGUCUCAGAGGAAGGAGAAACAGGCAGUGGAGGGGCAGCCUCCUACGGGUCCUAACGGAGAACUACAGUUCCACCAAGAGAUGCAGAAACUGGAAGAUCAAGGUGCUAAAGCUCCUGUUGAACAAGAAGUCCAAGAGGCCCAGAAUAACCUGCCUGUAGAACCACCACAGAACCUGCCCAUACACACCUAAUGCAGCACCCUGAUACACAUAGGGUUGCAAUGGGAGGGUAUAUUACUGGACACUUUCUAAGUUUACCAGUAAACUACCAGAAUUUGUGUAACUUUCAAGGAAUAUAUGGAAUUUUAUCAGAUGACAUCUAGUGUCUUUUUUUUGGUACUUCAGAUUAUCACAGGUGUUUGUGAGCAUGGUUACAUGCACACCAUAAUUUGAUUUUGUUUAAAACAUUUACAUGCUUUGCAAGAAGAACGAUUUCCCUAACAAUCCUGUUUACGUCUGAAAUCAGGCUACUGAUGGGACUGCAGAUAAAUUCCAAAAAUCAGCAAUCUAAAAAAUAUGUUCGACCACAGUGGCCAAACUGUUUUGCAAAACCUUUUUGAUUCUGAGUUGGGACAUAUAAAGUUUGUAUGUGAAAACAAUUUCUAAUAUGCAUACUUUGUUUUUCCAAAUUCACGCAUAAGAGGGAGUCUUGUGCUUACUUAGAUUUUGACCGUACGCAGAUUUAAGAUAAGCAAAGUAAGGUGUUCACAUGACUAUUUCCAUACUUGGCCUACUGCCAUAAUCAGUUUAAUAUCGAAUUAUUAGUGUGCAUGUAAACAUACUCAUGAAUUAUCUCUGGCCCUCUGUGUGGCCUUAUCAGAUGUAAAAUAUAUACAAUAAUUAAAUGAGAUGACAAAGGUGUAAAACAUCCUAAAUAUAAACCAUCAACGUAGUGAAUGUCAUUGGUGUUUUAAUAUGAGGGUUUCAGAAUAAAAUAGCCUUUGUAUCUUACAGACUUGUUUAUUUUACUAUGUCAAUAUGUCUUUGUUGUAAAUAUUUAGGGGUCAAACUGGUGGCAGUUGUGAAAAAAUACAAUAGUUUGAAAAGUUUGAGAAGUGAAUUGAAAAAAAUGCAAUUGUUGAUUAGAUGCUUUUCCAAAGUUAUUUAGGUUAUUUUUCUCUUGAACCAUAUAGUCUAUCCACUAGAAACUCAUGGACAUUAUGGUCACAGAUAUAAAAAAUGUUAUACUAUAUAUGAAUAACAUUUUUUUAGUUCAAGUAUAAAUCACCAAAGUUACCAUAGAUUACCUGUUAUUUACCAAAAUUACGGAGGAUUCCAGUAACUUUGGUAAAAUAGUGGUAGCUGUGCAACCCUAGAUACAUACACGCUCUCGCAGGAACUCAUCUCUUUCACUGACACACAUAUCCAGAUGGGUACAGCAGAUGACAUCAUACAGCACAAACACACAACCCCAGUCAGUCAAGCACAUCGUAUCGUCCCCUGGCACAGUCCCGGUGUUUACCUAUCUCUGUGGUUUACAUUUGAUCUCAAUAAAUUAUUCAACUCACUGGA